AUGAAGCUUGGGCUUUUCAGCCUACUGUGCAGUGGGAUUUUUAUAUUCGACUCCCACCAAGAUGGGAGUUUGCAAUGUAAAAAAAUCCCUGGCUCUGUGUCCCUGCCUGUGCUGGAGAAAAAGGGGGACAUCACAUUGGGAGGACUCUUCUCGCUUCAUGACAGCGUAGUGGUGCCCAGUCUGUCUUUCACCUCUACGCCUCCUCCCACACAGUGCACCAGAUUUAAUUUUCGAACAUUCCGUUGGAUGCAAACAAUGAUAUUUGCCAUAGAGGAGAUCAACAGGGAAGGCAAGCUUCUUCCCAACAUCACACUUGGCUACAAGAUCUAUGAUUCAUGCAGUACACCGCACCAGGCUCUGAAGGCUGCGGUGGAGUUAAUGGGAAGUGAUAAGAGUGCAGGGGUUGAUGGAAAAACACAGAAUAAAAGCAACUGUCGUGGGACUGUAUCAGCAGUGAUAGGAGAUGGAGGCUCGACUCAGUCUCUUGUCGUGGCUCGUUUCCUGGGAGUCUUCCACGUUCCACAGGUCAGCUAUUUCUCCAGCUGUGCCUGCCUUAGUGACAAAAAGAACUUUCCUGCAUUUUUAAGGACUAUGCCUAGUGACUUUUUCCAGGUAGAUGCACUAGUACAACUUGUGAAGCAUUUUGGCUGGACUUGGGUUGGUGUAAUAGCAGGAGAUGAUGCUUAUGGUCGUGGUGGGGCAAACAUCUUUGCACAAGAGGUUAGAAAGUUAGGUGCAUGUGUCGCCCUGCAUGAGAUCAUCCCAAAGAAUCGAGCACAGGCUGCCAUUUCAUCCAUCAUUUCCAACAUCCGGUCGUCCGCUGCUCGAGUAAUCCUUGUAUUUGCGGUGGAACAAGAUGCAGCAGCACUGUUUGAUGAAGUUCUCAGAACGGGCCUCACUGGGAUACAGUGGCUGGCGAGUGAGGCUUGGAGCACAGCUGCUGUCCUCUCCACUCCACAAAAGUACCAUAAGAUCCUCCAGGGUUCUAUGGGAUUUGCAAUCCGGAGAGCAGACAUACCAGGGUUGCAAGACUUCCUGCUUCGUUUGAAACCCUCGAGCCCAGACGCUCACGCAGAUCCUUUCCUGGCCCCGUUCUGGGAGGAGGCGUUUCAGUGCAGCCUGGGUACACAAGCUGAAGGUCAGGAGAAUAAUGUCACGGGUAAACGUCCAUGCACUGGAACAGAGAGUCUGAGUAGCAUCACAAAUAUCUAUUCAGACGUGUCACAACUAAGGAUUUCAUACAAUGUCUAUAAAGCUGUGUAUGCCAUUGUUCAUGCACUAAAGAGACUGAGAAGCUGUGUGAAGGGAGAAGGGCCAUUUUCCCAGCAGGCUUGUUCUGAUGCUGAGAAGACACAACCUUGGCAGCUGCUUCAUUACCUAAAACAGGUGCGCUACCUAACCUCAUUUGGGGAUGAAAUUAAGUUUGAUGAGAAUGGAGACCCUGCAGCCAUGUAUGACCUGGUUAACUGGCAGCUACGAGAAAACGGAGAAAUGGAGUUCAUUACAAUUGGCAAAUUUGAUGAGACAAGCACAUUUGCAAACCAAAAACUUCAGAUUCAAGAAGAGUACAUCCUGUGGAAUGGCAACCAAACCAGAGUUCCCUUGUCAGUAUGCAGCAACAUUUGUCCCCCAGGAACCAGGAAGGCAAUCAGACCCAACUUCCCUAUCUGCUGCCAUGAUUGUGUGGUUUGUGCAGCUGGGGAGAUUAGCAAUCAGACUGAUGCCAUAGAGUGUGCACGUUGCCUCCCAGAGUUCUGGUCCAACGCUGAGAGAACCGCCUGUAUCCCAAAACAGGUGGAAUUUCUCUCCUUUAGCGACUCCAUGGGUAUCACACUGAUGGCUAUUUCCCUCAUUGGCUCUUUCAGCACCUGUGUUGUGGUCAUUAUAUUCUCCUGUUACAAAAACACCCCCAUUGUCAGGGCGAACAACUCCGAGCUGAGCUUCCUAUUACUCGUCUCACUGACUCUGUGUUUCCUGUGUUCUCUGACUUUCAUUGGCCAGCCCUCUAAGUGGUCCUGCAUGCUGCGACACACAGCAUUUGGGAUCACCUUUGUCCUUUGUGUCUCUUGCAUUCUGGGAAAAACCAUAGUUGUACUGAUUGCGUUUAAAGCCACUCUUCCAGGCAACAGUGUCAUAAAAUGGUUUGGGCCUGCACAACAAAAGGCAAUCAUCAUCUUUUGUACUCUUAUCCAGGCAGUCAUCUGUACAGUAUGGCUGGUUGUUGCUCCUCCGACUCCACGCCGUCUGAUGCCACGUGAGAGUGCCAUUGUCAUUCUCCUGUGUGACGAAGGUUCAUACGUAGCGUUUGCCCUGGUUCUGGGUUACAUAGGCCUGCUGGCCUGCCUCUGCCUUUUUUUGGCCUUUCUAGCAAGAAAACUUCCUGACAAUUUCAACGAGGCCAGAAUCAUCACCUUCAGUAUGCUCAUUUUUUGUGCUGUGUGGGUUGCAUUCAUUCCCGCCUACAUCAGCUCUCCAGGGAAGUACUCAACAGUCACAGAGGUGUUUGCUAUCCUAGCUUCCAGCUAUGGGCUGCUGUGUUGCAUUUUCCUUCCAAAAUGCUACAUAAUUUUACUCAGACCACACAAGAACACGAGAAAAUACCUGAUGUCUAAUGCUGCCAGUGCUCGAUUUUAA